AUGGUCCUUGUCGUGGUUGGAGGUGGGAGGGGCGGGGCCCCGGAUGUACUGGAUGGCAUUGAGGUCGUCGGCAGCAAGGUGGUCCCAGUCGGGGCAGUGUCGAUGUGGCUCGGAGAGGGCGGAGCCCAGUGGAGACAACUUGAGAGACACAUCAUGAAGCUCAUUCCCGAAGUUGUGGAAGAACGAGACAAGCUCCCCGGUGGUUCGUGGCGUCCGCCGGGUGAGGCAGUUGAGGUAAGAGCACAGCGUCGGCAAGGGAUCAUUACCGCCGCAGGACGAAGUGAAGAUGAUGGAAAUGCACUUUCCAGUUUCGUGAGAUCUAGGCAAAUCAUUCUCCCCGAAUCCCAUCCUAACACGACUCUUAAGCCACAAGUUGCAGGGGUCGAAGAAGUGAGUCUCGAAGUCGGAAAUAUCAGUUAG